AUGCCGUUCACCUGCUCUGACAUCGUCAAGAUCUUCUUCGCCAUCUUCGUGCCGCCGCUCGGUGUCUUCCUCGAGCGCGGCUGCACGGCUGACUUCUGGAUCAACGUGCUCCUGACCAUCCUUGGUUACAUCCCUGGCAUCAUCCACGCCCUCUACAUCAUUCUCAAAUACUGA